AUGACAAAGGCGUUGUCAGCUGCAAAUGGGAGAAGCUCACAGGCAGCGAGUCUCUGCUCUGCGUCCUCGGUGCCCGAGUAAAGGAGAUCUCGGUAAGGGAUUGUAAGGUGCAAGCUGCAGCUCUCAAUGUGAUGAUGCGGAACGGGUGCAUUGCUUUAUUGCAGAGACAAUACAACCAGUGAAAGGUGUCAGGCUGAGGGAGACCGCAUUCUGAGCAAAGCCACAAAACAGGAGAAAAUGUCCAAGGCGAAGGUUUCUGAGUCGGUGAAGGUGGUUGUUAGGUGCCGCCCAAUGAAUGGGAAGGAAGAGGCGGCUGGAUGUGAGCAGAUUGUGGAGAUGGAUGUGAACCUGGGACAGGUGUCUAUCCGAAACCCCAAAGGCAGUCCCACGGAGCUGCCCAAGAGCUUCAGGUUUGAUGCGGUCUAUGAGAGCAGCUGCCGGCAGAGUGAGCUCUAUGAUGAGACAGUCCGCCCUCUGGUAGACUCAGUGCUGCAGGGUUUCAAUGGCACCGUGUUCGCUUAUGGACAGACAGGCACCGGCAAAACCUACACUAUGCAGGGAGUGUGGGCCGAGCCGGAGAAAAGAGGCAUCAUUCCCAACUCAUUCGAACACAUCUUCACCCAUAUCUCGCGGUCCCAGGACCAGCAGUACCUGGUGAGGGCUUCCUACCUAGAGAUCUACCAGGAGGAGAUCCGGGAUCUCCUCAACAAAGAUGAGAACAAAAAGCUGGAGCUGAAAGAAAAACCAGAAACUGGGGUUUACAUUAAAGACCUAUCAUCAUUCGUAACUAAAAAUGUCAAGGAAAUAGAACAUGUAAUGAAUGUUGGAAACCAGACUAGAUCAGUGGCAUCUACCAAUAUGAAUGAGUACAGCUCAAGAUCUCAUGCCAUUUUUGUUGUUACUGUGGAGUGCAGCGAACUUGGACUGGACGGUGAAAAUCACAUCAGAGUGGGCAAGUUGAAUCUGGUUGAUCUUGCUGGUAGUGAGCGGCAGAGCAAAACUGGAGUCCAGGGAGAGCGUUUGAAAGAAGCUACUAAAAUCAAUCUUUCUCUUUCUGCUUUGGGUAAUGUAAUAUCAGCACUGGUGGAUGGCAAGAGUACUCACAUUCCUUACAGAGACUCAAAACUAACCCGCCUAUUGGAAGACUCCUUAGGUGGUAAUGCAAAGACAAUUAUGGUGGCCACUAUCGGCCCCGCAUCCUGCAACUAUGAAGAGAGCUUAAUAACAUUGAGAUAUGCCAACAGAACCAAGAAUAUUAAAAACAAGCCAAGGAUUAAUGAAGACCCCAAAGAUGCUUUGUUGAGAGAAUUUCAAGAAGAGAUUGCACGAUUGAAGGCCCAAUUGGAGAGAAGAGGAAUGUUGAGCAAAAAAAGAAGAAAAAGCCAAAGGAAAAUCAUUCUGGAGGGUGAAGAGAUAACAGAUGAAGGAGAGGAGACUGAAGAUAACAUUGAGAAAGACAUGGAAAAUUAUCUCAAAGAACAAAAAGAGACCUUGGAAAAAGAAAAGGUAGCAAUCCAAGAUGAUCAUAAUUUGGUGGCAGAAGAGAAACAGAAAUUGUUAGAAGAGAAAGAAAAAAUGAUGGAAGAUCUGAAGAAGGAGCAAGAAGCCACAGAACAGCUAGCAGCCAAAUUUAAGGCGAUGGAAAGCAAGCUGCUCAUUGGAGGCAAGAACAUCAUGGACCAUACGAAUGAACAGCAAAAAAUGCUGGAGCAGAAGAGACAAGAAAUUGCAGAGCAGAAACGGAGAGAGAGAGAAAUACAACAGCAGAUGUUGCUGCGAGAUGAGGAGACAAUGGAACUAAAAGACACCUACACCUCGCUCCAACAAGAAGUUGAAAUUAAAACCAAGAAGCUGAAAAAGCUCUUUGCAAAACUUCAGGCUGUGAAGACUGAGAUUCAGGAUCUACAUGAUGAACAUGUGAGGGAGCGACAGGAUCUGGAACACACACAGAACGAACUGACACGAGAACUUAAACUCAAGUACCUGAUUAUUGAGAAUUUUAUUCCACCUGAAGAGAAAAACAAGAUAAUGAAUCGGCUGUGUUUUGACUGUGAUGAGGAUCAGUGGAAAUUCCUACCCCUAGUGCCUGCUGAAAGUCACCAAAUGAAGAAAAGGUCUACAUCUGCUGUUGGUUACAAGCGACCAAUCAGUCAGUAUGCUAGAGUUGCUAUGGCAAUGGGUAUUCAUCCCAGAUACCGGCAAAAAAGUCAGCUGUUACGUGAAAUGGCAAAAUGCCAGUUUUCUUCCCCCAAACUGGCCACCCAGUUACUGACUAUUUUAAUUUUGAUGACUUGUCACACAAUUGAUGGAACUUAA